AUGGAGAGCCUCAACGAGGAGCAGACCCCCUUCGCUGCUGUCACAGCGCAGACCUCGAAGCUGCAAAGACAAUACCAAGCCUACCUGGACAAGUCGACCCCCUUCGUCACGUACCGAUGGAUCGGAACGGCAGCGCUCCUCAUGAUCUUCUUCCUGCGAGUCUUUGUGGCGCAAGGCUGGUACAUUGUUGCCUACGCGCUCGGAAUCUACCUGCUCAACCUGUUCCUCGCAUUUCUCCAGCCCAAGUUCGAUCCCUCGGUCGAGGCCCUCGAUAGCUCCAUGGACAUGGAAGAUGGAAGUGCUGGAGGUCUUCCCACCAAGCAGGACGAGGAGUUCCGCCCUUUCAUCCGCCGCCUUCCCGAAUUCAAGUUCUGGCACGCCGCCACCCGGGCUGUCGCUAUUGGCUUCGUGUGCAGUUGGUUCGAGGUCUUCAACGUCCCCGUCUUCUGGCCCGUCCUUGUCAUGUACUGGAUCAUCCUCUUUGUCCUGACCAUGAGGAAGCAAAUCCAGCACAUGAUCAAGUACAAAUACGUUCCCUUCUCCUUUGGCAAGGCCAAGUACGGCAAGGCCAGCACCUCGUAA